AUGACAGUUACUCUCAGUCGGAGGGAGACAUGGAGUCUCAUCGCACUGUCGAUGGGCUGCUCGGCCGUCCUGGUAAAGAACGCCCUGCAAGAUGGAGAGCCCCUAGUGGCUUCACUCGCAUUAUCUGGCAUUGCAUUUGCUGCCAGCUUUAGCCUUAUUAGAUGGCUAGGAGAUGUGUUUAUGAAAGCUGGGCUGAAAGGAAAGGAUAUGUCGAAGCUCAAGAAGAUAGAGAUACCAGAGACCAUGGGCGCAGUUGUGGCAGUUGUUUACAUUCUAGCUCUUAUCAUAUUUAUUCCAUUCCCAUUUUACAAAGAGCUUGUAGCCGCAACGUCAGGUGGAGGAAAUCGUGAUAUAUCAUUGCCAGUUGUUCAUGUGGAAACUGGUCGCUUUCUUCACAAGUUUCCUCAUAACAAGCUCGCAACCUAUCUUUCUGGCCUACUUUCGCUCCAGUCAAUAGUGAUACUAGGAAUUGGUGACGAUCUGUUGGACAUUCGGUGGCGGCAUAAGUUUUUUAUUCCAGCCUUUGCCGCAGUACCGAUGCUAAUCGUCUACUUUGUCGACUUCGGGGUGACACAUGUCAUAGUGCCAGUCGCCCUCCAAGGCUAUCUGGGACCGUCUCUAGACCUAGGCUGGCUGUACUAUGUUUAUAUGGCUGCAGUUGCGAUCUUCUGCCCCAAUAGCAUCAAUAUGCUGGCUGGAAUCAACGGAAUUGAGGUUUCACAGUCAAUAGCCAUAGCUUGUCUGUUGAUAACCAAUGAUGCCCUGUUCUUGUCGCCGUUCACUCCAUACCCACACCCAGCCACGGAAUCCCACCUUUUCUCCAUCUACCUACUGCUGCCAUUCAUUGCUGUUUCACUAGCAUUAUGGUGGCACAACUGGUAUCCCGCUAAAGUAUUUGUCGGGGAUACAUACUGCUACUUUGCCGGUAUGGUUUUCGCCGUCGUUGGAAUAUUAGGCCACUUCAGCAAAACCCUGUUGUUGCUAUUUGUGCCUCAGAUUUUCAACUUCUUGUACUCCACACCACAACUAUUUCACUUAAUUCCUUGCCCACGGCACCGGCUGCCAAAGUUCAACCCCCGAACUGGGCUCAUGGAGCCAUCCGUUACCGAGUGGACUCGCCCUCCCCCCGCAAUCAUUGCAGCCGGCCUGGAUCUGCUGGAUAAACUUUAUCUCAUAAGGGUGAAAAGGAACGAGGAAGGUAAUAUUGCUGAGACAACAAACUUGACCUUACUUAACCUCUGGUUACUUUGGUUUGGGCCGCUGCGGGAGGAUAAGCUGGCGAUGCAUAUAGUUGGCCUCCAGCUUCUCUGCGGCGUGGCUGCGCUGCUUGUCCGCCACAAACUUGCCUUGUUAGUGUUUAGAGCGGAUAACCGCGGACCCGGAUUUGAACAUAGCUUUGCAUAG